CAACGAAGGCGUUUCAGUCUCGGCGAGACCUCCCAACUCAACCGGCGGAGGGUGAACAACAACUUAACGGGGUGUCGUACCUUCCCUGCUCGCUUAAAAUGAAUCUGAAAAGCGACCGUCGGCAUGGCUUUGAAUAAGAAGUCAGACAGACUACACAUUUAUAAAGGGAGCACGCUGGGCCAGUCCUACAAAGUGGAAGAUUUUCUCGGCGAGGGCAGCUUCGGAAUUGUUGCCAAAUGCCGUUGCACGGAGACUGGCAGGAUGUCGGCCAUCAAAGUCAUCAAGAAUCAGCCGGCAAUCAUGCACCAGGCAAGGGAGGAGAUUGCGGUUCUGAAACAGCUCCAGAGCCUGGACCCGGACGAGUGUCACAUCGUGCGCUGGAAUGACUUCUUCUUUGACAAGUACCUCAUCUGCUUGAAUUUUGAACUUCUCGACCAGAGCCUGAAUAAAUUCCAGCUCGAGCAAAACCUCCCGACUCUUUCCAUCUGUGAAAUUAGACCAGUUUUGUACCAGAUGGGCAGAGCCCUGCUGCAUUUGAGUGACGUCGGCAUUGUGCAUACGGAUAUCAAAACCGACAACAUCAUGGUGGUGGACCGCUCUCGGCAGCCGCUAAACUUUAAGCUGAUCGACUUUGGUUUGGCUAAAAAGACUUGUGAUCUGAAACCCGGCGAUUAUGUCCAGACUUCGUGGUACAGGUCUCCAGAAGUAGUGCUCGGUAUUUCCCUCAACGAGGCCAUCGACAUGUGGUCCCUCGGUAUCGUCGCAGUGAAGCUUGCGACAGGUCACCAUCUUUACCCGGGGGACUCGGACUAUGACACCUUGGCUUACAUGAUUCAAACCCAGGGCCAGCUGGCUGACUCGGUUCUGGACCGUGGCCUACGAACACGGGCUUACUUCAACAAACGGGACACCGGUCCAAACGGCUGGAAAUUGAAGACUCCGAAAGAGAUGGGCUAUGACUCUGUAGAAGCGAGACCCUUAAAUCUCAAGUCUCUUGAGGAGAUUCAAGUGGUUCAGAAAAAAGGAGCAGAGCGCGACCAGUCUGUCUUCAUAAAUCUGGUAACAAAGAUGCUCCACCUGGACCCGGAUCUGCGUAUAAAACCUGCAGAAUUUCUGCAGCACUCUUUUUUUACCGGGGACGACGAGCACUAUACACUGUCGUCGGGUCAGACCACCUCCUUCACCGAAGGGCCAGAAUCGCAGGACGGAAAGCAGAUAGCCAUAAAAGUGAGACGUAAAGACGGUUGGUUGAAAAGACUCUUCAGGAAGAUUCAAGGGGCCUUUACGGUCGAUUGAAGAAAAACAUUCUUUUUGCACAAAUAUGAACUUAUUCAUUACUGGACUUGUUUAUACUUGUCAAAUGGAAUCCAACAGUUGCCUGCCACAGACGUAUGUAUUCGUCAAAUACAUAUUUUCAACGAGUAAGCUUGGAAGAUGGUCCCUCCUAGCUUGCGUUUGAAAGUUCGGCUAACAAACUACUGUAAUGACUAACGGAUUCCUGUAGGUGGCAGCACUUAACUAUUUUGGUGCUGAGCUGAGCACAUCUUUUCAAUAGAAGUUAGAUUAGGGAGUCAAUUUUGGUUUGUCCCCUUCAAUGUGAGUACGUCAGACUCGGCCUUUUUUGUGUUGUCAUAGUUUUAGGUAUCUCAAAAAUAAACAAAAAUUAAUAUAAACAACUGUCACUGUUCUUCUGGGAAACCAACCCCGGUGGUACAGACUGACGACCACAACGUUCUGUGAGAUCGGGCAAAAUGUGCUCCAACA